AUGACUGUAGUGGACCUAUCUCCAAACCUGAUGGACAGCACACACCCUUACACUGUGCUGAGCAAGCUCAAUGAGCAGCGUUCACAAGGCCUCUUCUGUGAUGUCACCAUCGUGGUGGAGGAUGUAAAGUUUCGGGCCCACAAAAACAUCCUGGCUGCAUGCAGUGGAUACUUCAGAAGCAUUCUGACAACCUCUGACACAUGCAGCUCCAGCCAAGUCCUAGAGCUUAUGGACCUAAAGUCUGAGGUGUUUGGCACUAUCCUCAACUUCAUAUACUCCUCCAAGGUAACAUUGCUUGCUACAGAGAACCGAGGGGGGCUUUUAGAAGCUGGAAGAAGACUUGGAAUUCCUUUUUUAGAAAAGCUUCUGCAAGAACAGCAGCAAGAUGAAUGUGUUAAAUCCAGAGACUCAUGUGCAAUCACAAAUUCUUCAACAACAAAGAAGGAAGUUUCCAGGCCUGAGGAAACAGACAGAGCAAGAGGGCCUCGCAUUACAAAUGCCUUCUCUAUCACUGAAAUGUGUCCUGGGAACAAUCCUUUCACUCCUCUGGUGCAGAUAGACAAGGAGAGACAGUCGCCAGAUGUGGGACAGCUACCCACAAGUUUCCCUACAAUGUCAUGCAUCAAUGGGAACAGUGAGACAACCCACACCCUCUCUGAACACUCAUAUGCAGUAAACAAUUCCACUGAAGGCAAAGACACCAGUCAGUGGGACAACAGGAAGGUCUGUAAACCAGCAAUAUCCCACUCAAAGCAGUGGCUGUACAGGAACACGGGCCCGCUGAAAAAGCGCCACAGGCUGAGAGGCAUGUUAGGCAGAGGUACGCUUCCAGCACCAGCAGAUCCAAAAACAGAUAAAGCGAACACAGCAAACCCAGCAUUAUCUGAUGGUGAUUCUGCUGCAGCUUCUGCCACUGUUAUGACACCGCCUGCACUUUUCUCAGUAGCAGAGACAGAGAAGACAACAGACACAGAGCUCUCUGCAGCCACUGACUGUGUUAACAUUGAGUUAGGUCCACCACCACUUUCACCUCAUCCAGAAGACAGCAUUUCAGUCUACAGCUGUGAGCAUUGCCCAGAGAUAUUCCAAAAUAAAGCUCUUCUCUUCAUUCACUCUGAGGUACAUAAAAAGCCUUUUGACUCUGAUUUGUUUUGUAAAUUCUGCCGAAGGAAAUUUAUACACCUUAAACGGCUACACAACCAUGAAAAGCUAUGUCCAAAGGCUGGAAGAGUCCCACAUAAGCAAGGGGCCAGGGAAAUAACAAUGAAAGAGGUUGAGAACCACUCCAGUGACAACUCAAACAUGGAAAGCACUGCGAUGACACCUUCCUCUGCAGAUCUCUCCAUCCCAAACAUGCCAGAGCUCACUGAAGUUAACCCAACACAGCAACUUCAUGAGGAGAAGACAGUCAGGCAGAGGAGAUACAAUUGCAGUGUGUGCAAACGAGUUUAUGUCACCUUGUCCAGCCUGAGGCGUCAUGAGAAUGUGCACUCCUGGCAGAGGGCCUAUCCCUGUCAUUAUUGCAAUAAAGUCUUUGCCUUGGCGGAGUAUCGUACCAAGCAUGAAAUUUGGCAUACAGGUGAACGCCGCUAUCAAUGUAUUUUCUGCCUGGAGACAUUUAUGACUUAUUAUAUCUUGAAGAACCAUCAAAAGUCCUUCCAUGGCAUUGAUCCUAGUCUAGCUGUUAAAAAAAAAUCUGCCAAUGGUGGGCUGAAAGCCAGCGUUUACCCAAUCAAGCUCUACAGGCUUCUGCCCAUGAAAUUUAGAAAAAGGCAAUACAAGACCUACAGCCAGACGUACUCUGAAAGUGUUGAGAAAGGGGACUCUUUAGACAGCAGUACUCUGAUUCCUCCAUUCGAAGAAAACAGCCUGAUCAGCCCCAGCACAACGUCAUUCCCACUUACUUUUAUGGCCACAACAAAGAUGGUCUCCCCUGUCAAGCCUCGCAUCUGCUUUGACCAACCUUAUGACCAAGUUCUUGAUCAAAGUCUCAACUGUGAACAGGAGGAGCGAAGAAGUGCAGAGAAAGAAGCUGGAGGAAGGGAUCAACCAUUCAAUAACUCUGAUAGUAUCUCAGCGCUGCCUAAUUAUGAACCUCCAACAAUGAUAAUGACCUCGGAGCAUAUUACUCAUAGUGUACCAUUCAUAAACUCCUUGACUACUGUUAAAAAGUUAGGUGAGCUGUCAGCUUCGGCAAAAAUGGUUGAAGAGAUGACCAAAGAGAUACUCCAAUCUAGCACAGAGGAUCUGAUGCAGGACAGAAGAGUAGGGACAAAAACAGAGACUUACAUUGCCAAACCUGCUUGCCAGGGUCCAUCUUUGGACAGUGAAGCAAAGCCCCUAUGCCAGAUAACAGUUAAAAUAGGCAACGAAGCCAUUAUCCGCCGCAAAAUUAAGGGAUCUAAGCUCUUCCCGAAGAAGAAAAGAAAAUCCAGAGAACGAAAUGAGGAACAGGCCAGGAAUCAGUGCACUCCGCCGAGGGAAAACCCAGAGAGUGCAAGGCUUCGUCUCAGACCAGAAGCCAUCAGUUCCACUGAGACAUUUGAUGAAACCAAUGAUUGUGACAACGCUGAUCAGCUUUGGCGUCCCUACUAUUCUUACAAGGCUAAAAAGAAAAGAAAGAAGUUCGGAUACAAAUACAGAAAUGCUUUGUUGCAGCCCUGUCCUGACCUUUCUGUAGAAAGAGCCGGUUUUACUGAACCCCACUCUGACAGAUUGCAUUAUCCAACAGAGGAGAGCAGCUUGGGAGGUAGCGUAGGGCCGAAACAUAGUCUUAGCAGAAACUAUAGCCCCAAGCCCACCUACAACUGUGAUAUCUGUGACAGCUCUUUUAUUACAGAGACUGGACUGAAAGCUCAUGUGAUCGGUUCCCAUCCAUAUUUCUGCCGGACCUGCGGUAAACAAGGUCCUCCCGGUGAGGCGCCCACUGGUGGAGAUUACAUCUGCAAAAGUUGCAUGGAAAACGGCUCUUGCUUUGACAACACUCCCCAAAGCCCAAACCGAGAGAAGAAAUAUCGCUGCUCAUUCUGUCCCCAACGGUUUUUGUACCUUGCCACCAAGAGAAGUCAUGAGAAAAAACACCAGGAUUCAAUCGAUGACAGUCACAGCUAUGACACCGUCACAUCAUGUUCUACGUACUCAGACCACUCAAGGGAAGGAAGCAAACAAGACACCACCAAAAGAGAAAACAGUAGAGAUCAAGGGGACAUUGACAUAAAAUGUGAAAGCAUAAAAGAAGAACAUUUUACAACUAAUGAAAGCAAGCCAAAAAUGAAGGAUGGAUCUGACUUAAUGACUCCCUAUCAUGUGUCAUGUUCAGCUGUUAAAACUCCACCACCAUCACCGUAUGUGGAUUCACUGCCUACGCUGACAUCCUCAAAGAUGAAACACAAAGCUCAGAACAAGAGGAUCAAUGCGUAUCAUUCUACGCAUCACAUUCCAAAGAAGCAAACUUAUGACAAAGAAGGUGAUCCCAACAAGAACAUAUUGACAGGACCAAGAAAGAAUAAUCUCAUCAAUCAUGACAAAUCCAGCAUACUGUUAAGGAAGACAGACACUGAAUCUAAAGUUGCACACAUUUCGUUACACAGGCCGGAAAAAUGGGUCUGCAAAGAGGAACCCUUCUUUUAAAGACCUUUAAAGACUGCAACUAACUCUGCAAAUGGCAUUUAAGGACAAACUUUUUCGUUGAUGGUGAAUUAAAUCUGCAAUGUUUUGCAUUGCAAUUUUUUUUUUUGGACAUAACAAAUCCAACUAUUAUAAUCUAAUAUCAGCAGACUGAAAUUUCAUCUACCCAUAAUCCAAUAAUGCAGUUUUUAUUUUUCACAGUUUUCCACCUAUAUGAAGGAUAUUUUUAAAGUAUUGUACAGACUUCUGACACAAACUGUACUUUGUCUUGUGUCUAUGCAUGUAAAUUAAAGUUAGUAACUCAUUGUAAUCUUUCGUUACACGCAGUGCAAUAACAGAUCAGCUUCUGCAAUUUGCGGGGGGGCAGAAAAAUAACCAGUGGUGGUUUUAGCUUCACCUUUUUAAAAGCAUGUCGGAGCAAACAAAGGGAUUUUCUGUUGUCAUUUUUCUGUACCUCUAGUUUAAAUAACAUAGAUUUGUAAGUUGCACUUUAUGGGUAGACUAUGCUGACCUAAAGUUUAAUACUUGAAAUUUUUAUUCCAAGCUCUGCUGGUGUAAAUAGAAUUUCUACUAAAUACACAUGACCACUGAAAUUACAUUUUCUCCUUUUUUGUGUGUUUAGU